AUGUCUGCUCACGAGCAAAUGAGGGCGAUGUUAGAUCAAUUGAUGGGCACUGCUCGAAAUGGUGAAACCGAUAGGCACGGUGUUAAAUUUUAUGAUGAUACGGUAUGCAAAUCGUUUUUACUGCAGUGCUGUCCACAUGAAAUUUUAUCAUCGACCCGAAUGGAUUUAGGUGAGUGUCCUAAAAUACAUGAUCUGGCUCUCCGUGCGGACUAUGAGUUAGCUUCGAAAACCAAAGACUAUUUCUAUGACAUAGAUGCCACAGAACAUUUAGAGGCAUUCAUCGCCGAUUGUGAUCGUCGGACAACUGCAGCUAAGCAGAGACUUGCGGAGACACAGGAGGAAUUGUCAGCAGAAGUGACUGAGAAGGCCAAUGCCGUUCAUGAAUUAGCAGAACAAAUAGGUCAGAAAUUGGCUCGAGCUGAAGCCCUCGGGGAGGAGGGAAUGGUAGAAGAAAGUGUCAAACUCUUGGGAGAGAUAGAAGAACUUCGUAAGAAGAAAGCAGUAGCAGAACAAGAGUACCGUAAUUCCAUGCCGGCGUCGUCGUAUCAACAACAGAAACUACGAGUUUGCGAGGUCUGCUCCGCCUACCUCGGCAUACACGACAACGACCGUCGGCUAGCCGAUCAUUUUGGAGGAAAAUUGCAUUUAGGUUUCAUCACAAUCCGUGAAAAACUGGCCGAGCUUAAGAAAACGGUGGAGAAGCGUCGCGAGGAGCGCGGGGCGUCCGAGCGGGAGCUGCGCGGCGGGCGGCGGCACUACGUGGGCGGGCGCGAGCUGGACCGCCGCGCGCGCCGCCACCGCGAGAGCACGCGCGAGCGCGAGCGCGACCGCGACCGCGGCCGGGAGCGCGAGCGCGCCGAGCGCGAGCGCGAGCGCAGACGUAGUCGUUCACGCAGCAAGAGCAAGCGGGAGGGUUCUCGCGAGAAGUCACGCGGUCGAGACAGAGAUCGCGAACGCGAUCACCGUCGUAGCAGAUCUCAUCGCUCUUCGUCGCGCGAGCGGAGACGCGACUGAUUGCGACCUGUCAGACAUGUCAAAAUCCAGGGUCCAGUUAUCAUAAUUUAAGAGCCCCAAGUGUCUGGUCGUCUGAAAUCCUUUUGUUGUUUUUUACAUGUGUAGAAUUUGUUUAUAUAUGGGGCGCUUAGAGGAAAAUUGAUUCGAAUUCAUUUUAAAAAUAGAGCUUUAAGUUAAAAUUAGCAAAUCCCUUUUUUUUUCUAUAUAGGUAUUGACAAAAAGUUUACCUUACUUUAAUAAAAAAUAGAUAUGCAAUAAAAUGUAUUUAAAGGAAAAUACUUUUUUGGUGAUUAAAAAAUAUAUUACAGAACUAUUAUAUUAAUCCUGGGAUUUUAGAAAAGAAACCGAAUCUGAGCCUGGGCUAAAAGGCAUAAUAAAUCAAAAUAUAUAAAUAAUACGCAAAAAAAAAACAUUCAUAAAUAUUAAUUUUUUUGUAUUUCGUAAUUUGAUGAAUAACAGCCAAGAGAAUAAAAACAGUUUUUGAAAAGUGAAAAUAGCAGGAGAUUAUUAUGACAUAGCUAUGCAAUUAAACAUUCAUAGUUUGAGUUUUUAACAAGACAAUAUUUUGCUUAAAUUAUUUGAUUUAUCAUCAUAGUCUAGGAUCCCGGGUCCAUUUUUGCACUUGAUUACUAUCAAGCUAAUUUUCCGUAACUAGCCUCAUUUUGAUGAGACACUCAAAACUCUCGAUUGUGGGAGGUAAUAGGGGUAGCGGGGAUAAAAUAUGUUGAGUUGAUGAUUCUCAAAAAUGUAUUACUAACUAGGUUUUUUUUGUUAAAUCUGAUGAUAAUUAUCUAAAUUACUCGAUAAAUUAUUUGUCCUACAAAGUGUUGGUUUGUUCAAAACAUUUUGUCCCCUCCUUCAACAUGUAUGUAAUAUUAUAUAGUUAAUAUUUAUAUAAUUUAACAGUCAUAUUGUCCUACAAAUUGCUUGGUACGUUAUUCCGGUUCCUACGCUCAGAAAUUGUUAAUACCUCAAGACAACUUUUCUCAUUACAAACAGUAGAAAAAAUAUUACAUAA